GUGGUUACCCUAUUAAAAGCAUUAAACCGUAAUUUUGCUUGACCAUAUUUCAAAGUAGCAUUAUUGUAUUUGAAAAGAAAAAACAACUAAAAAUUGACAUUUGUUAGUGUUGAAUUUAAAGCGCUUGUACUGAUUUUAGUAACCUACAUUGUAUAUUCAUAACAUAUUUAUUAUUUUUAUAACAAGCAGUCUCUUAUAGUAAACAAGCAGCAAAAAAGUUGGCUCAUACAGUGGAAUCAACGCACAUACCUUCUAAAAUUAAAAAGAUGAAACCUACAGUAGCUGCUGACGAAAUGUUUCCUGAAGGAGUUGGACCAUAUAUGGACAUGGAAGAGGCUGGUGGACCAUCCAAUUUAUUAAUGGAUUUAGCUGCAAAUGAGAAAGCUGUGCAUGGGGAUUUUUUUAAUGAUUUUGAAGAUUUGUUUGAUGAUGAUGACUUACUAUAAAACAUGUGAUGAAUACUAAAUUUGAUGUUUAGGAAUUGUUUGUGUAUUUAUUUACAAAUAAUCAUUUAAUGCAAGUGGUAAUUAAAUUACUUUUAGAUGACCAAUAUCUUGUGUGUGAUAUUUUUACAAUUAAUUCUUAUUCAUUGUAAUCAAGAGCAUAGUUUUAAUAUUAAAUGUUGAUUUCUAGUACAAAAAAAUUAGAAUUUUAUAUUUUUAUGCAAAUACAAUAAUCGGAAUGUUGUGUAUUUAGGGUUGCAUUGGGAAGCGAUACCGAUACUCUUAUAGAAAUUUCGCCAAUAUCUAUACAAACGCUUAUUAAAUUAAAGUUAAAUACAUCAA